AUGCCAAACUUCACGGAUGUAACUGAAUUUCUUCUCUUGGGGUUGACAAGGCGCCAGGAAUUCCGGGUUAUCUUUUUUGUGUUGUUCUUGGUUGUUUACAUGGUCACUCUGUUGGGCAACAUUGGCAUGAUAGCUUUGAUUAGCGUCAGCGCUCAGCUUCAGAGUCCCAUGUACUUUUUCCUAAGUCAUUUGUCCUUUGUGGAUGUGCUGUUCUCUUCCAAUGUCACCCCCAAAAUGCUGGAAAACUUAUUAUCAAGAACAAAAACCAUUUCUUAUGUGGGAUGCCUGGUACAGUGCUACUUUUUCAUUGCCCUGGUUCACGUAGAGGUCUAUAUUCUGGCCGUGAUGGCCUUCGAUCGCUACAUGGCCAUCUGCAACCCUUUGCUCUACAGCAGCAAGAUGUCCAGGACUGUCUGUGUCCGCCUCAUCUCUGUGCCUUAUGUCUAUGGGUUCUCUGUGAGUCUGAUUUGCACUCUGUGGACGUAUGGCUUAUACUUCUGUGGAAAUGUUGAAAUCAACCACUUCUACUGCGCUGAUCCUCCUCUCAUCAAGAUUGCCUGUGGAGGAGUGCACAUCAAAGAGUACACGAUGAUUGUUAUUGCUGGAAUCAACUUCACAUAUUCUUUGUCAGUGGUUCUCAUUUCAUACCUGCUUAUCGUAGUCGCCGUGUUACGUAUGCACUCUGCCGAAGGAAGGAGAAAGGCAUUCUCCACCUGUGGUUCCCACCUGACAGCUGUUUCCAUGUUUUACGGAACUCUUAUAUUCAUGUAUCUCAGGAGGCCAACGGAGGAGUCUGUGGAGCAGGGGAAAAUGGUGGCUGUGUUUUAUACCACUGUGAUUCCUAUGCUGAACCCCAUGAUCUACAGUCUCAGGAACAAAGACGUGAAAGAAGCAGUCAACAAGAUAAUUGUCAGGGCAAACUUAAGGAAAUAA